GUUCCGGAUCCCACGCCCGCGGACGAUCUACCUGGCGCGAUGCGACGAUACGCGACAAUGCGUAUCCCCACUGCGUGGCGCACGUUGUGGUAUCUAGUUUCUUUGACGGGCUUGGUGCUUGUUGGUGUAGUGUACACGCUGAACUGGACGAGAGGAGAAGCUCUUACAGACGUAGAGCUCGGGACUGGGACGAGAUUGUGGGAGUGGAGCGGGGGUAGUGGUGAAGAAAAGGCGAAGCAAAAUGGUGAAGUUGGGAAAGACGAGGAGAAAGUAGAGCAGUUGCCAGACGGUGUACAUGCCAUCGACCACUUGUUGCACGUCGCUGAAGCGCAGUUCAAAACGCUGCUAGAUGGCAGAACGACAAGCCUACACGACGCAGCUGCUGCGUACAGAAAGAAUCGCCUUCGCCAUCCGCCACCUGGCUUCGAGGCUUGGUAUCACUACGCUGUCGAGCAAAACUCUAUUGUCAUCGAGGAGUUCUGGGACCAGAUAUAUCACGAUCUAGCACCGUUUUGGAGCAUCGAACCGGUCCUACUACGGAAGCAGGCACAUGUUUUCUCGCCGAAGAUAUCGAUUCGUAACGGGAAAGUCGAAGCGCAUACAUAUAACGUGUACCCAAAGCUAGAUAUGUGGGCGGACAUGCUCCGAACAUUGGCGGACGAUGAGAAUGUGACACUGCCGGAUAUGGAUAUCCCGUUCAACGUGAACGAUGAGCCCGCGCUACUAGUGCCCUGGGAGACGGUGGACACUGCAGUAUCACUUGCGCGGCCUAUGCUGCUAUAUUCCGCCGACGUUGCUACUAAUUACACUGGUAUGGAGGACAUCAGCAGGCUCACUGCGGACUACACUUUUGACCCAAAAUGGCUUGGACCAAGACUCACGCACCCGGAUUCGCAUCUGGGCCCACGGCCUCUCUGGUCUCUUGUGCGCCCAUCUUGCCCUCCAGGAACACCAGCGAGGCACGGCCAUGUAUUCGACGAUAUCUGGGGCCCAGAAGGUGAGACCAGCGAGGUACAUUCGGCUGCUGCCCUUCUGCCUGUGGAGCUUCCAGGCGGAACCUUAAAAGGGUAUGCACAGAACUGGACACACAUAGUAGAUGCAUGCCAGCAACCCAAUCUCCAGGGCCUACACGGCGCAUUCGUAGCACCCACAGCAAUGAAAGUUGCGACGAAACUGUUCCCUCUAUUUGGCGACACGAAGCUGUCAAUGAGUAAUGAGAUCCUCAUCCCGGGCGCUAUGGAGUGGAAUUUGUCAGCCUCGCUAUUAGAUAAUUCACGUGUACCUUGGGAAGAGAAAGCUAACAAGAUCUUCUGGCGGGGUCCAGCAACAGAAGGCCACGAUCCGGCGCGAUACUGGCAGCGCUUCCAUCGACAUCGUCUCGUCAGCAUGCUGAACGCAACCCAUGUCGAGAUUGCCGAAGCGUCGAUACAUACUGGCAAUGAGAGCACUGUCGGCGUGGAUUACGCGAAUAACUUCCGGCUCCUCCCCGCAAACGAGUACCAUCUGAAGAGCCAGAAAGGGGGGCAGCUCGCUGGGUGGGUGAACGGUAGGGCGGACGCUGCGUUCACGGACUUGAAGUGCGAUGUGGACACUGAAGAACACGGGUGCCCGUACAUGAGCGAGUACUUUUCGGUCGCGAAGCCUGCCACGGACGACGAAGAAUCGAAGUACCAGUAUGCAAUAGUGGUGGACGGUGAUAGCGGUGACGAUGGCGGUGAUUUCGUCAAAUGUCUCAAAAGCGAAAAGGUUACGCUUCGGGCAAGCGUCUAUCGUAAAUGGUACGACAGCCGAAUCGUGCCGUGGCAGCACUAUGUGCCUAUGGACAAUACCUUCGUCGACCUAUACGGCAUCUUGGAGUACUUCCAAGGGACACAUGAAGAUGCGCAUGCGCACGAACAUACCAAGCCCGCAGCUGGGAUGGAGGCGAACCAUCGCUACGACGCCUCUUUAUCUGCAGCCUCAGCUGGCGUUGACUCUCAAAGCGGUAACGAGCCCCAUGACUUCGAUCACGUACACAGCGCAUCGCGGAAACGGGACGGGGAUGGACAUGACGCGGCGGCGAGAGAGAUCGCUGAAGGGGGACAAGAGUGGGCAGCGAAGGUACUGAGGAAAGAAGACAUGCUGAUAUAUGUAUAUCGGUUACUGCUUGAAUAUGCCAGGAUCGUAGAUGACAAGCGCGAGCGACUGGGAUGGGUUGACGAUCUGCUUGAGGACUGA